AAAGAAACCGGAUAUUAGUCUCUUUGAUCGCGAAAAGAAUCACCAAUGGCGGACGCAGCAGCAGCACCAGCCGGUGAUAGCCAACGGGGUGGUUUCCGUGGUGGCUUUGGAGACCGGGGCCGUGGACGUGGGAGGGGUAGAGGUCGUGGCCGUGGGAGAGGAAGAGGGCGUGGUGCCAAGGAAGGUGACAAGGACUGGGUUCCCGUCACCAAACUCGGCCGCCUUGUCCAGGAUGGGAAAAUCAAGUCUCUGGAGGAAAUCUAUCUGUUCUCCUUGCCCAUCAAGGAGUGUGACAUCAUUGAUACCUUUCUUGGAACUGGGGUGUUGAAAGAUGAAGUUCUCAAAAUUAUGCCAGUGCAGAAGCAAACUCGUGCUGGUCAAAGAACAAGGUUCAAGGCUUUUGUAGCCGUAGGAGACUACAAUGGCCAUGUUGGCCUGGGUGUGAAGUGCUCCAAGGAAGUGGCGACUGCUAUCCGUGGGGCUAUCAUCUUGGCGAAACUCUCCGUCAUUCCCGUCAGGAGAGGUUACUGGGGUAACAAGAUCGGCAAACCUCACACUGUUCCCUGUAAGGUGACAGGGAAAUGUGGCAGUGUGUUGGUGCGUCUGAUUCCUGCCCCCAGAGGAACUGGCAUUGUCAGCGCCCCUGUCCCUAAAAAGCUGCUGCAUAUGGCUGGUAUUGAAGAUUGCUACACCUCUGCUACUGGUGCUACCUCCACUCUUGGCAACUUUGCCAAGGCCACCUAUGCGGCUAUUGCCAAAACAUACGCAUACCUGACACCUGAUCUCUGGAAGGAGACCGUGUUUACGAAGCCACCAUACCAGGAGUUCACAGACUACCUGAUGAAGAACCACUCCCGUUCGAAUGUUCAACGCCAGGAACAAAAGGUUUACUAAACCCAAGAUCAGAGGGCACCGUUUCUGAGCAAUGUCCACAGUGCGGUGAAGUUUUCGAUGUUUUAUUAAAAUUUUGAAAAACAAAAAACAGCACUAAAGAGUAGUAAAAAGUAAAUGUUUGCUAUUAAUGAAUCAACGUGCAUUUUGUAACAAACUAAAUGGUGUCCUUGUGAAAAUAAAACUCUCUAAAAUCAA